AUGAAGUACCUUGGCAUCUGUCUGCUUCUUGCUGAUCUCCUCUGCCAAUGGCUUGUCCAAGCAGAGUUUUUCACAUCUAUUGGUCAAAUGACAGACUUGAUAUACAAAGAAAGAGAUCUUGUACAGUCUCUGAAAGAGUACAUUAGAGAGGAAGAAGGACGACUGGAAAAAAUCAGAAGCUGGGCUUCCCAAAUAGAAGAUUUGACAAGUAAAUCGUCGCUUGAUCCAGAGGGAUUUCUUGCUCAUCCUGUGAAUGCCUACAAACUGGUGAAGAGGCUCAAUACAGAUUGGCUUUCUCUGGAGAACUUGGUGCUUCAAGAUUCAACUAAAGGCUUUAUUGCAAACCUUACAUUUCAAAGGGAAUUCUUUCCAAGUGAUGAAGAUGAGACUGGAGCGGCCAAAGCAUUAAUGCGCCUCCAAGACACUUACAAACUGGAUCCUGAUGUUAUAGCAAAAGGAAUAUUGCCAGGAACAAAAUAUGUUUCAUCUUUAUCCGUGGAUGACUGCUUUGGUAUGGGAAAAAUAGCCUACCACGAGAGUGACCAUUAUCAUACUGUACUUUGGAUGCAAGAAGCUCUGAAAUUGUUGGAUGAAGGGGAAAAAUCAGCCACCAUCUCUAAAGUGGAUGUACUAGACUACCUCAGUUACACAGUCUUUCAGCUUGGCGACAUUCAAAGAGCAGUGGAACUUACCAGAAAACUUCUAGCAAUGGAUCCAAACCAUGACCGAGCUGGCACUAACCUCAAAUAUUUUGAAAAGAUGCUAGAACGAGAGAAAACUGAAGAGAAAAUAAACAAGACGUCAGACACUGAGCCACACAAGUCGCGCCCUGAUGUCUAUACCAGGCCUCAAGAUUAUCUGCCUGAACGUGAGACCUAUGAAGCUCUGUGCCGUGGAGAGGGAGUGUGAGAAUGACUCCAAAGAGGCAGAAAAGGCUUUUCUGUCGGUAUCACAAUGGAAACAGAAACCCAUUAUUGAUCUUGAGUCCUAUUAAGGAGGAAGAUGAAUGGGAUAGUCCCCGUAUUGUGCGAUAUCUUGAUGUUUUAACCAAUGAAGAGAUAGCUAGAAUUAAGGAGCUGGCAAAGCCCAAAUUAGCAAGAGCAACUGUGCGGGACCCAAAAACUGGAGUUCUCACCACAGCCAGUUAUAGAGUUUCAAAGAGUGCCUGGUUGGAAGAAUAUGAUGACCCAGUUAUUGCUCGUGUUAACAAACGCAUGCAGGACAUUACAGGGCUAACUGCUGAUACUGCUGAACUGUUACAGGUUGCAAAUUAUGGCAUGGGAGGCCAAUAUGAGCCGCAUUUUGAUUUUUCAAGGCGUCCCUUUGACCUCAAUCUCAAAUCGGAAGGAAAUAGGCUUGCAACAUAUCUUAAUUAUGUAAGUACCUUGGUAAAUGUUUCAUGAUUCUUUCAGGUCUGCAGUUUAUUUUCACGUUUAAUUUUGUAGAAAGAGGAACCUGAUGUAUUC